CGUACAGUGACUGCCUUCACUGUAAUGCAUCAAAUCUCUCAUUGUUGGUUGUCUUGGACCCGCUAUUUGCUUGCUUGCUUACCGUAUGAUUGCACGAUUCGAUUGGCACCGUUCUCGCCAACACGAAUGAGCAGUCCCGGUUCAGCCUUUGCAAUGCUUCGCGCUUCUCCUCUCGAUCAUCACACAAUUCCAAGACGAACUCCAAGGCGACAACACCAGAGCAAUCCGCGGGAGUUGAGCACACAAACCUAUACUAGUAAAGCAAAGACCUCCAUUGCCUCUCUGUUCGAAAGAUCUGCACUCUGAAAGGAGAAGAGAUCGCUAGCAAGUGAGCACGACCAUGCCUGCCUUGAAGGAACAACAGGCAGCAUUACAUCGACAGGAGGUUCUCUCGCAAAAAUCUCAGUGGCUGGGUGGCGUGGACUUUCGAAGCGUUCAUUUGGAGGAGGAGAGCCAUCCAAGCAGCUCCAAUACACAACAACACCAGCAGCAACAACAACAACAACCCAAGGGGAUCUACGCUGUCUACAAACAAGCAACGCUGGCGUUCCGAGAUGGCUUGGUGAAGUUGUUGCCAAAAAAGUUUCGCUUGUCGUCGGUGGAUGACUACAAGAAAGCAUCUGAUUGGGUUCUUGAGAAAACUGCAGCUGUGGCCGACUACUACGAGGCGAGUGCCACACGCGGCAAUAACAGCAGGAACCGAAAAUCAGCUCCCAAAGUGAUUCUCAUCGAUGAAGCCAUCUUCCGCCAUUUGGACGUCACAAUUCGUCACAGACAGCAACAAAUGACGAAACAUGGCGACAAUGACAAGGGCCAUCAAUACAUUUUGUAUGUACUCUCCUACUGCCGAGAAGUCCUGGAAUACAGUCAUCGAAUCGCCCACCUUGUCCUUCAAAGCUCCCAAAAGAGCACCAGUCGGGCUCUUUGUCACAAGACUGUCCCAUCUUCUACUUCCGAGGAUGCCUGGGAAAUCGGAUCCAAAGAGGAAGAAGACAAGGAGCCUUUUUCUUUCAUGCCGCCGCCACCCAAUCCGCCGCCACCUUGCCCAAUGGACUCUGCAGGCAAUUCGGAAGAUUUGAUUCAAGCCGAUGAUCGCUUCCAAUGCAUUGCGUUUCUCGAAACAAUGGACCGUCUCAUGGGGAUUGUCCGGGAGCGCUUUGACCGCGUCAAAGCCAUUUGCAUUCUGGAUGGCAUAGAGGACGCCAAUGACAAAAAGCUUUUGCAUACGUUGAUGGAAGCUUCCAUUGCCAGCAACACUGCUACAGAAUGUAUUCAGUCCACAUGGGCUGAGCUCACCCUGGAACAACCGCACAUUCGAAACUUUUACGACGUGCUGGCCAUUGUCUUUAUUUGCCCCUUGCUGUCGGCUGCGUCCAUGCAAGAAAAACACGACAUUCUCUCUCACGACAGCCCUCGCUAUCCUCAUGCGCUGACGCAUUUUGUGGGCGAUGUCAUUGAGGCUUGCUUUACUUGUGAUGGCUUGGAUACGACGCGAGCACUGCGAUCCUUUGCCGAGAGAGUGUCAAUGCCAGACGGAGGAUGGGAGAAAGAUUUCUUUCUCGAAGAGGCCGCAGCAUUGGCUCGAGACAUUUCGGAUCUCAUCAUGGAGCCGUCUUCUCACAAGAUUCGCUCCACGUUUCUUCGUGGCUACAAGUACAUCGGGCGUCAACACUGCAUUUUGAAUACCCAAAAAGUCCUCCAGGCUUCUUUGGCUUUUCUCAAGCACAAGGGCGAUGAUGGGCCAAAGGCGCUUGCCAAAGCAGGAUGUCAUACCUUUGAGCGCUCGUGGCACGAAGAUCAACGGCCCGCCCGAGGCACACAGUGCCUGGAUCGUCUCUUGGUCAGCGAGAUACUGCCAGAGUUGGUGGCGGCGUGUCAGGUGGAAGACCGCUACAGGCUCCCCGUUCAAAACAACUCGGGAGUCUACAGACUGAUCCCGCUCCUUCAUUCCUUGGAUCGUCUCUUGAAAGGUCGUCUUGGGAGCGCUGUUCCAAUCCACGUUGCCUUUGGAUUUCAUGCCAUGCUGACUUCGAUUCUCGCGAUGCAAGGAAACAUGCAUUUGGAACGACUAGGUUCCAAAGGCGAGUCGGCUAGCCUCAACCUUUUUGACCAACUGAAGGGCGCCUCUCGAACCAUGGAACAUUGUGCUCUUCUGGCAUUGUUUGAAAACAUUCUCAAGCCCCGCUGGAAACCCAUUUCGCCAACCUCAAGGCGAAACGCAUACUGGAAUCCGAUCGUGGCAGGUUCCUUUUGUGUGUACAGUGUCUACAUGGGGAUGGUAUCUGGAAACAUGUUUCUAAGGAUCGACGAUGUAAGGACUGUCCUGCACUGCUACAACGCCUUGCGAACCUGUGGUCUAGUCGAACCCAUUGCCUUUCUGGAUUGGAUAGACGGAAUCUUCGCGGAAACGCCUUCUGUCUGGUUUGCUGGCAAGAACACGGCUCGUGGCGACUUUGCCAAAAACUUCCUGAUCGGAACCGGGCUCUCUGUUCGCGACGUGAGUGUGCUUGUGGCCAUGGUGAAAUCAGAAAACGGCAUUCGAAUAGACAAGUAUCGCUUUGUCGACGACCGGAGGAAGGACCUCACAUUCACACGUUCCAUGGGGAUGGAUCUCUCGACGACCCAUUACAGUCAAGGAUGUCGGGUUCUUUUUCGGAAGGACUACGCAGGGUUUGACUACAACGAGGAUGGAAGCGACCCGGCAUCCAGGGAAGGGCGGUUCAGUCCGAGCGGUGCGGCUAUUGGCGACACCACAGAAUGCGAAACGGUCAUCGCAAAGGCUUGCCAUGCCUUUCGAUGUGAUAUAGACGCCUUUGGCGGGGGGUUCGUUGAUUUGACAGGAGCUGGGUGGGUGUUCAAAGACUUCCUCAAGGCUUUGAGCAGCAGUUUAGAAUGGGAAGACGGUAGCGACGUUUCGAAUUGGCUCCAUGUCUUCGGUGAGCUUGAUUUUCGUCCUUCUGACAGACUCGAUCAGUCACGACAGGUAGCGUCCAAGAUGACGGAUUACUUUGCAAAGGCCGAAAGAAAUGCAUUUGCUUUGUCGCAUGGGAUCUAGUUCGAAACGAAAUCAAGUGUGUUGUACACGAAAUCGGAAGAGCUGGGGGCUGGAAGGUGGCUGUACCUGUUUAUUCACUGCGGCAGAAACACAGUUCCCCUCCCUGCGCAACCGUACCGGUACGACUAUAUUCUGAGCGUGUCAGCACGAACAGCGAGAUCUCCAUCAACUCUUUCGCUUAUGGCCUCAAUACAUGAAUCCGCUAUAUCGAAUGCAGAUGUAUUACACACGAAGAAUUAGCAUUUACGAACUAGCGGUCGGCCUUUUUGACUCCUCU